AUGGGGUUGUGGAAGAGGCUCUCCCUUGUGGUGGCGUUUCUCGCCGUUGCUGGGAUGGCUAACGCCCAGCUGAGGACAAACUUCUAUAGGUCUACUUGUCCGAAUGUGGAGUCCAUCGUCCGGGGGGCGGUGCAGACGAAGGUGAGCCAGACCUUCGUCACCAUCCCCGCCACCCUCAGACUCUUCUUCCACGACUGCUUCGUCGAGGUAAGAGAGACAGUGUUCACUCUCCCUGAAACUUUUGUUCAUUCGUCCUCAAUUCCGUACAUCGAUAGGACCUUCACUUGGACCGCAUAGAGCAAUAUCUGUCGUAGUCAUAUGUUCACAUGGAGAGAGAGAGAGAGAGAGAGAGAGAGAGAGAGAGAGAGAGAGAGAGAGAGAGAGAGAGAGGAGUGGCGUUUUGUAGAUCACCUCCGUUAAGUUCUCGUAAUGGAGUUGUGAUUUCACAGGGAUGCGAUGCCUCUGUGGUCAUCUCUUCGCCCAACGGAGACGCCGAGAAGGACGCACAGGACAACCUCUCCCUCGCCGGAGACGGGUUCGACACAGUCGUCAAGGCCAAGGCUGCCGUUGAGGCCUCCUGCCCCGGCGUCGUCUCCUGCGCGGAUAUUCUUGCCUUGGCCGCCAGAGACGUCGUCGUCGCGGUAAGUGCUUAGUAGAUUGGCACCCUCUUAGACUUAUCGCCGGAGCGGCGCGCCGCCAGGAUGAACAUAUUCUUUCUGCUUCGACUGCACAGGCCGGAGGUCCAGGGUUCCCCGUGGAACUGGGUCGCCGUGAUGGCCUCAUCUCAAAACGGUGGCGGGUGCCCGGCAACCUGCCGCCGCCGAACUUCAAUCUCAAUCUCCUCAGCUGGAUCUUCCGCAAGAAUAACCUCACCACGACCGACAUGAUCGCCCUCUCCGGUGCCCACACAGUCGGCUUCGCCCAUUGCAACCGCUUCUCCAACCGCAUCUACUCCAACCCCAUCGACCCGACACUCAACCCCGCCUACGCUCAGCAGCUCCGCCAGGUAGGGGGAGAUAAUCUUACAUCUAGCCUUGACGAUCUGGCCCCCAUCGAAAUUCUCAUAAUUAAAUCGUAUAUCCCUGUUAUUCAGAUGUGCCCUGUCAACGUUGACCCGAGGAUAGCCAUCAACAUGGACCCCGACACGCCCAACACCUUCGACAAUGUCUACUUCCGGAACCUGGUAAACGGGAAGGGACUGUUCAGCUCCGACCAGGUGCUCUUCACGAGCCCCAUCUCGAGGGGCACCGUGAUCAACUUCGCCAACAGCCAGUCAAGCUUCUUCAACGCCUUCACCUCGGCAAUGGUCAAACUGGGGAGGACCGGGGUGAAGACAGGAAACCAAGGAGAGAUCCGACGGGAUUGCACCCGGUUCAACUAA